AUGCAAGUUCUAGUAGAAAGUAGGACCGCUAAAGGCUCAGAGUCAGUGCAAUCAACAAACCAGUUUUCAACCUCGUCCUCUCCGACGUCGAUGGAGUCUAUUGGGAGCGAAGUCAAAAGAUUAAGAGCGGGCGCGAAUGAGGAGCUACGGCAGGAGCCAGUACAGAGGCAAGUAGGACCUAUAUUUCCAGUGGAGUGCAACGAGAGGAUGUCGAUAAUAGCGAGUGAUGAGCCUGCUGUACCUCCGGUUGUGGUGGUUUCACGGCCAUUGCCUCAACAAAGGAACUCUCAAUUCAUGUCAGACGGUUCGAUGAAGGCAUCCGAGUCCGCCACAGCGGAGAUCAAAAAGAUGCGUGAAUCUCUCCUAAUGAAGAGAGAAAUGAAAAGAAAGCAGCGGCACUUCCUUGAUGACGAUCGCGUGUUAGUAGGAAAUAAGGUUAGUGAGGGACACGUUAACUUUAUUAUAGCGUACAACAUGCUAACUGGAAUACGAGUAGCAGUGUCACGUUGUUCAGGACUUAUGAAGCCAUUGAUAGGAAAAGACUUUCAUCAUACAAAGAAGCUUGCUUUUGACUACCAUGGUAACGAGUUGACUCCGAGUUCGCAAUAUGCUUUUAAAUUCAAAGACUAUUGUCCGGAGGUGUUUCGAGAAUUGAGAGCUCGGUUUGGGCUGGAUCCUGCCGACUACUUGAUGUCUUUGACAUCGAAGUACAUACUUAGUGAGUUGAACUCGCCCGGGAAGUCUGGCUCCUUUUUCUAUUUUUCGCGUGACUAUAAGUAUAUCAUCAAGACAAUUCACCACUCAGAGCAUAAGCACUUACGACGGGUGUUACAAGACUACUAUCACCAUGUGAAGAGUAAUCCUGAUACGCUAGUGUGUCAGUUUUAUGGAUUGCAUAGGGUUAAAAUGCCCAUUUCGUUUAAAAACAAAGUGAAAAAUAGGAGGAUCUACUUUAUUGUGAUGAAUAACUUGUUUCCUCCUCAUCUGGAGAUGCAUACAACUUUUGAUUUAAAAGGAUCAACUCUGGGUCGUUACACUAAAGCUCCUAAUACUGGAGACGGCGAGCCUCGUCCCGUUCUAAAAGAUUUAAAUUGGUUGGAACAACGAAUGACAAUUCAAUUUGGUCCUGCAAAAGGACAGAAAUUUUUAACGCAGUUGAAGAAAGAUGUCGAAUUCUUGUCAAGACUAAAUAUUAUGGAUUACUCCUUGUUGUUGGGGAUCCAAUACGUUGACGUGGCAGCGAAUAACGAAGAAUUACAUCCCAUGAUACCAGAAUCAUCAGCAAGGCCUGUCGCAAAAUUCCAAAAUAGCUUGAGUAACCCUACUUACAGCAAUGGUACUAUAAUGAGUGUUCCAACAGUAAGAAAUACUAAUAGUUCGGCAGCACAUUUCUUUCAGCGGGAUGAAGGAGGCAUAAGGGCUUCGGAUUCGGAAAAUAAUGAUUUAAAUGUAGUAUACUACAUCGGUAUUAUCGACUGCCUCACUAAUUAUUCCCUUUUAAAGAAACUAGAAACCUUUUGGAGAGGAUUGAGUCAUGAUCUGCAUGCGGUAAGCGCUAUACCCCCUUUUGACUACGGCCAACGGUUUUAUAAAUUCAUAGAAAAUUCAGUUACCAUGGGGAAACCUCGCAAUAAAAUUGAAUGA